GCCUUAGUGUCACUGCCCGACACACACUUCAGUUCAGUUGGAACCAACAUCCGAUAUACCCAGACCUCGAUCUCUCUCUCCAGAAAAUAAAAACAGUGAAAAAGGAUAAUUCCCAGCCGAACGGAAACCCCUCAGCAGCAGAAAAGAUGCCUAUCCUUCGCCGAAACAACAUACAGCAGCCAAUUGGACCAGAUCAGGAGGAGCACAACGGGCCCGCUAUUCCUGGCGACGCAGGAGCAGGCGACAUGGCCCGCACCAGGGCCAAGCGGACCAGCUCCACUUCCCCGUCGCUCUGGUCGCUUCAUCGCCGCCACCAGAGUGGCAACCAUAGAGCCUUGCGCGCCAUUGUGCCGCCGAAUGAGCCCACCAUGGAAAACUACUUCCGCCAGGUGGCUAAGCAAGACAAGACCACCAGCGCCAGCAUCCGCGUGAAGAUCGUACUCUUUUUGGCCUACAUCCUGGUGCCCAGCAUCAUGAAGCUGAACACGCACCUAGAGUUCAACGUGCAGUGGCAGCAGAUAAAUUUUUUUAAAUUCCUAAAAUUCCGGCGCCUGGCCAUGACCUUUGCGGGCAACGUGUGUGUGGCCCUGAUCAGUUCCAUCUUUAGUGCAAUGGUACCAUUCUACUGCGUGCUCAGAACUGCGCGUCCGAAUCGCAACAAUCUUGUGGUGCCCAGGGCUGAUGGAUCAUUGGUGAAGAUGCCCGUUAAUAUUAAUGCAAUGUGGGUCGGUAUUUUGCCCUACGUGAUAAGCUUGCUGGACGGAUUUGGCCUUUUCGCAAAGGAGACUUGGGUGGCCUAUAAAGACCAUGUGUUCACCAUAGCCGACACCUACAGCUCGCUGCGCGUUCUGAUCUACUUGAUCCACGCCAUGCAGCUCUUGUUCGCAAUCGAGCUAAUGCUUUUGAUGGUCCAGGGGCUAUUUGGGUUCGUGCAAGCCGUUCGCCUCUACAUAUUGAUCGCCGGAAAAGAUUAUACCUACGCGGAGCAGUUCAAACGGCGCAAGCAGAAGAACAGGCUGUGGUUUAUUCCAACCUUAGAAACAAAGGGCAUGUACCACACCCUCAAAGACCGCAUCCUAGGGUAUUUCCCGCCUGAACAAGCGUAACACUCCAAGAUUAAAAUCAAGAGAAGUCAUGC